AUGUCCUUCACGAAUGCGCCGGUGACACGCACCCUCGUUCUUGGCCUGGUAACGACCUCCAUCGCGGCCAGCUUACUCGACGUCAAGCAUUACUUCUAUAUCGUCGUAGACACCCACUUAUGGCGCUACCACCAGUUCUGGCGCCUGCUGACGUACCAACUAUGCUGUACCAACUCGAGCGAGGUGCUUUUCGCAUCAAUGGCACUCUACCACUUGAGGGUCGUUGAACAAAUAUGGGGUUCGAGGAAAUACGCCGUGAGUUGCCAUGAGGCCCGGGCAUCGGGUUGGGUGAUGCUGACACCGCCGCAGUCAUUUAUAGCUGUAUCCGCGCUCUUCUCUGCAAUGAUACCUCCUGUCUUCUUAUCCAUCAUACUGCGGCCGUUAACCGCGGGCCUGUUCAAUUACAUGCCAGCCGGCCCAACCCCGAUCAUCUUCGCCAUACUCGCGCAGUAUCAUGCAGCGAUUCCAAACAUCUAUCGAUAUCGCGUCGCGGCGUCCUCAGCUCCGCCUACAAACGACCAAUUUGUUGGAUUGACCUUCUCUGACAAGUCAUACCGCUACGCCCUCGCCUUGCAACUGGCUCUCUUCCAAUGGCCGGGAUCAUUGCUGGGGGCUGCGGUAGGCUGGGUAGUAGGAUGCUCGUGGAGGAACGACUUGCUCCCACUUACAUUGACAAAGUGGCGCCUUCCGGGAUGGAUGGUUGGGGUCAGGACGCCGAGACGACGAACGGAAUUCGAUGGUCUCCGAAGGCGAUUAGAGGGAGAGGGCUCAUCUGCAACCACCUCGGGCGCGCAGGGCCAGGUUGAUGAGGACGCAGGACGGAGGAGACCAGCUGGCCAAGAUAGGCGUGAAGACUAA